AUGGACUCGUCUCAAGACUUCAAGUCCACGCAGGAAAAGGUUCAAGGCGCGCUUGUCAAGGCGACCAGGACCAGCAACUCGAUCGCUGCUGAAGACCUCAACUUCCAGCGCCGCAGCAACCCCGCCGCCGGUGAGGCCCUCGACGAAGCCAGCGAACGACUGCUUGCGCUGUCGACUGCGCUGCUCAAGUCGGCGACCAAAGGAACGAAUAAUGCUGCCCCAAGAUUGGAGGAUGCCGACGAUGUCGACGUUCAUUGGUCGAGGAUCGUGGAUGUCAUUGAUACCCUCCUCGAGAAGGCCGACACUUGCCUGGACGAGUACACUGGUUUGGUGAAGAGGAAGCUGGCGCCAACAGAGGAAGCUGGCUCGGUUCCAAAGAAAACCAAGACAUACACAGCACUCGACUCAUCACUGCGCCGCGCAAACAUCCUCAAGCCGCAGAACGCUUUCGAAAUCAAGCCCGACAACGAUGACUCUAGUCCCUGGAAACCCCUCCUCACGGCAAAGCCGCAUGCUACUGUACCCCUUGCAGAUAGCAUUGGCACAUUCAACAACGACCAGGACACCGUACAAUACAAACAUCCUUAUGAAACGGAGAUCCUGAACCUCAAAUACCCCAACGCCAUCUAUCAAGUCGCGGAGCCCAUCAAGUACCAACCUGUGGAAACAACAGCCGCUACUUUUGUGAACACUUUCUCAGGUGUGCUGGAUAUGUUGGCUGAACUCAAGCAGGCCAAGGAGAUUGCCAUUGACACAGAACAUCACGACUUUAGAACUUACAACGGCCUGCUCUCGCUCAUGCAAAUCAGCACAAGAGACAAGGACUGGAUCGUAGACACUCUUCAGCCUUGGCGCCACAAGCUUGAGGUUCUCAAUGAGGUCUUUGCCGACCCCAGUAUCAUCAAAGUUCUUCAUGGCGCUUAUAUGGACAUCAUUUGGCUUCAGCGCGACUGUGGUCUGUACAUUGUUGGACUUUUUGACACUUUCCAUGCAGCAGAUACUCUGGGUUACCCAGCAAGAAGUCUUGCGUAUCUCUUGAAGCGCUUCGUGGACUUUGAUGCAGAUAAGAAGUACCAGCUUGCCGAUUGGAGAAUAAGACCUAUUCCCGAGGAGAUGUUCUACUACGCGCGCUCUGAUACACAUUAUCUACUCUACAUUUAUGACUUGAUUCGGAAUGAACUCAACAAUCACUCGAAACCCGAGAACCCGGAAGAGAAUUACAUGGAAAACGUGUUGGAGCGCUCAAAAGAAGUGUCUUUGAGGCGCUACGAGAAACCGGUUUAUGACUCAGAGAGUGGACAAGGGCCGGUAGGAUGGUUCAACAUGGUGAUGAAGCAAUCAUCCGGGACUUUCUCUCGAGAACAAUUUGCCGUGCUCAGGGCAGUACACAGAUGGCGCGACGAGUUGGCUCGAGCCGAGGACGAAAGUCCCAUGUUCAUCAUGAGCAAUUCAGCAAUCUUUGACAUUUCGAGACGCUUGCCACCAGAUCCCAAAGCUCUCCUGAGCUUGGUCCCUCAUGCUUCGCAUCCACUCAAGCAGCGCAUUUCGGAACUUUUCAAGCUCGUCCAGCAAGCCAAGGCAGACGGUGCUCAUGGACCCAGUCUUACCGAAUACUUCAACCAAAAGGCUAGAGAAGCUUCUGGCCAGGGUAACGGCGCAGAAACGCAGCAAUUACUUCCUUCUUUGAAAGACAAUGGUGGAGCAACCAAGAUUCUAGACACAGAUGAUCUCGUUUCCGAGAUAUCCCAAUUAUGGGGCGAGGUUCCAAUGAGCAGCCGCUGGGAGCCGGCGAGUGAUGGAGGUAAAGCGCAAGAUACAGUGUUUGCGCUUCCCUGGGCAGCGUUUAUGGAGAACGUAUCGGUAGCUGCAACAGAGCCAUCCGCCCCCAAAGCAUCAGCAGCAUCUGCUCCUACUACGGCAAACACAACGACACGGAGUGGCUUGGAUGAAGACGCCCAAUUCACGCUCAAGCAAGGCCAGAAGCGUAAAGCUGCAGAGCCUGUUGUGCAGGAUGACUCUUCUGAGGAAGAAGGGGAGGCGACACCACAGACGAUUACCAAGCCUUCUUCUACGACAGGCAAUGAUGAGAUCACUUUUGACGAUGAGAUUUCUGUCGAUGGCACAUCUGAGGAAGAAGCCAAGGAGAGAGCACGCAGAAAAGCUGCCAAAAAGGCUCGCAAGGAGCGAAAGCGCGAAAAGGUCCGAGAGCGCGCCGAGAAAGAAGCUACGGAGCAGGCCGAGGAGGAUGAGGAGCCUUUUGAUUACAGUCAGGCAAAGUCGGUGUUGAAUUCUAAGAGAUCUGGAACCGACGCAAGGGGUGGCAAGGGCAAGGUCUUUAACCCAUAUGCAUCGUUGACAGCCGAAGGCCCCAAGCCGGCUAGACGCAUGCAUGGCGAAAAGGCGGGAAAGAGCACAACCAUCAGGAAGUUGUGA